GUAGACACAGGCCAGUAGAAGCCGCCGCCCACAGGAAUCAAACACGAGAGGGAAGGCCAUGCUCUGAUCCUGAUCCUGAAUCCCGAAUCCUGCAUCCAUCGGCCAGCAGGCGAUGAGCAUCGUGUUGUGCAUUGGCAAGGGCCAUGAUGAGCGGCCGGGGUGUAUGUGGACGGAAAAUCUGUCUACCCCAAGCCUCACGGCACCCAUGUCGGCUUACCACACUACUUACUCAACCAUGUCCUUAGUCACCCCGUCCGUCACACGCCACCACGACCUCGAGUGUCGCGCCAUCCGAGCCGCCAUGCCUGUCCCGCCAUCCUGGAUCCUACCAACACUCGAUUGUGCUAUCCAGCACUAUGCUACACGCUCGAUAGUGCCAUGUACCGCCUCUUCUUUCUCGUGCCACUUGGAAUGUGGCUCCUACGCGAAUCACCAAACGUCUCAUUAUCAGCAUCAUCCAUCAUCAUCAUCAUCAUCGACACCUCCACCACCAUCGCUCUUCAUCGCGUGCCACGACGCCUCAAACGCCUCGUCGCUUGCCCGCAUGCUUACCGAAGUCGCCGGUUGCACCAAACCCCCCAAUCAUUCCUCGUGGAUAUCUCAUCCGUCGUUGAUGGACAGAGGAGGGUGGGAGACAGGAAUGGGGGAAAUUAACCAAAAUAAAAACAAUGCAAUUCAAUUCCCAUAUGGUCCCUAAGGCCUCCUCCUUCCACUGCCACUUUCGGAGCCAAACAACCCAACGAUGCGGACAAUUUCCUCAUGACAGGGAACCGACGCAUGAUCUUCCGGGAGAAGAACCAGCCUGGUCGUGGCCCCAGCUGCCUGCCCCCAUCCAAUACGAGCUGCCACGCUGGCAAACCUGUACUCUAGUCCGUCAUCUCACCAUUCACCACCAGCAUCUGCCUGCCUGCCACCGCCCGCCCAGCACGUGGAGCGCAGGCAUGUAUCGUCUUGCCUUGCUUUGCUCUGCUGCUGUGGCCAAAACAAUCCCACACUCACCGCAUUGCAAAAAGAGUCAGUUCUUCAACAGCAAUCGACCUCCACUCGUCGACAAGAAUCUUGCCC